GUUUAGCGCCCUCUAUAGGAUAUAACAACAAAGAUGGCGGCCGCCAUGCGUGAAGCGAAAAGUUUACUUCGUCGCGAAAUGAAACAACGAAUUGCUGCCUUAUCAAGUGAGGAAAAGGUACAACAGUCGGCAAUCAUUUUCAAGAAGCUCACAUCUCAUCCGGUCUACCAGAGCAGCCAACGCAUCUCAGUGUACCUCAGCACAGCAGAUGAAGUCAACACACAAGGGAUCCUGGAGCACAUGUUUGCCAACAACAAGAAGGCUUAUGUGCCGCAGUACAUAGGUCCGCGGAUGGACAUGCUGAGGUUAUAUUCAAUGGAGGACUACGAUACUUUGCCACUGACAAAGUGGAACAUCAAGCAGCCAGGGGAGGGAGACCAGAGAGAGGAAGCUCUUGCAACAGGUCUUGAUCUAAUUAUCGUACCUGGUCUGGCUUUCACAACUGGUGGGGAUAGACUAGGGAAGGGCAAGGGAUACUACGACAAGUACCAAGAGCGGUGUGCUAAGCACCCGGGCGGGAAGCCAAAGACCAUCGCACUGGCUUUCAAAGAGCAGAUGUGUGCCACUGUGCCAGUGUCAGAGAGUGACGUCACCAUUGACUAUGUGAUCCAUGGAGAUGCAGACUAGCUUGCCAGCACAAUCAUCAGUACACGUAUAAGACUGUGUCAGGCUUACAUACAUGUACUUGUUGAUGUUAUAGUCUGCUCAUUCUGCUGGAGCAAAAAUAAAGAUGAAGGAAUGUAUUCAUAGACCCUUUGAAUAGAGCGCCCUCAUUGUGGGCAACUAACUAGGGCAAGUCUUUUUUCUUCUGCUCUUCAUAAUUAGACACUUGGUCAUUUCAUUGUCACUGAAUUUUAAUUUCAAAAUCUGCCAACUUAUAGCUGAAACGGCAAAUUAUCAAAGAUUUGUGAUUUUCUUUUAAAAGACUCCCCUUUAAUUUCAGUAGGACUUCUAAAAGUUCCAUUGUAUUCAGUAUAAUCAUGUAUAUUUUCUGAUGACAUAAGAGUAAAACAUCGACACUUUUCAAUUUUGUUCCAAACUGACAGGCAGUCAAUCUAUUGGAUUCUGACUUAUAUUAUGCUAUUCCAGUUUAUAUUCGAGACAGAACGAAAUUCUUGAAAAAAGUUUCAAAAAUCCUCCUUGGGUUUUAAGUUACAAAUCUGAGAGUGGAUGAUGGAAAAUAAAUUUGUCUAAUUGUUAUUGUUUUUAUAGAAGUCAUUUGCCAAAUGAAACACAUGUAGAACGUUUUAAGAAUGUUUUACUAGUGAUGGCAAACGAACAUCAGUACUUGAGACAAUCAAGCUUUUUUUUUAUUGAGUUUUAAUGGAAAUUGAACUUACUGUACAUACCAACAGUAGGACUAUAACAGAUCACCCUAUGAAAUAUAAAUUGUGUAUAAUGUAAAUAAAAUGUAUUAAUUUUGUUUUGACAGAAUAAAGAAUAGAACAAACAGCUCAAACAAACAGUAACAUAUUCAACUCAUUGUGGAUAAGUGAACCUUUCCAUCAAUCUUAUAUUCAAAUUUGACCACCUUAAUGUAUGAUGUGACAAAUCCGAGGUACACGUACAAUGUAUUGAGAAAAAAAAAUUCUAUAGGCCAGCCUACAGUCAUGUACAAUGUAUGUUGUGCAAAAAAGGCACUUCACGUGCAGAUUACAUUCAUGUUAUGGAAUAGAAAUCUGUUUACAGACAUUGUUACAUUUCCAAUAUUUUGCAAACGGCAUUACAUGUGAGCGCAUGCGUCAAAACAAACCUCACAAACUUGCAUAAAGUGAAACAUUUAACGAAAUA